GGCCUUUCAACCUUCCCACCGAAUGAAGGAAACGGCGUGUGCCAAGAACAAAGAACCGGAGCCUGGAUGUUAUAGUAACAUUUUUGCUGUUUGGUUUCGUUCUUCAAGAUGGCGGCAAGCUUCAAAGUGCAAACGCCAUAUCCGGAGUCUCCAAUGUUCUGUCAAAAUUCAUCGGGGACGAAGAGAGUGUAUGGCUAAGCAUUCCCGGUCCGAUAUGGCUAAGCUCCUUAAUAACGAUCUCUUACCGGAAGCACUUCCUAAGGCGAAGCAAUUCUAUGAGGAUGAGAAAAGGUUAUCAGCUUACAAUCAGGUCGAGUACUUCUGCACAUCCAUAUUGCAGAAUUUUUCUCCUUUAGAUCGUCACAGCGAUAUUCAUCUAUUACCAGAAGAAACUAAAGAAGCAAUGGCCGGACUGAUAUUUGCCGCAUCAAGAAUCGGAGAGCUUAAGGAGCUUCAAAUCAUAAGGAGCUUGUUUGUUGAAAGAUUUGGGCUUGAGUUUGACAAAGAUUGUGUAUAUUUGCGUCCAGGACACUUGGUGAGUUCGGAGAUAGUGAAGAUUCUAGAGACGAAGACGCCGAGAGAUGCAUUUAGUCCAGAGAACCUAUUUGAAAUUUCCAAAAACUACCAAACCAAUACUACUUGGGUGGAUUCAAUAACUAAGGAUUCAGCUUCACGUAAUAAUCUUGGCAUUGCCAGUUCUGAUAUGGCGAAAAAAGAGAAACCAAAAACGAGUGUUAGCGGAAAGACAGUUGGGGAGAAGAAUUCAAAGUUUCUGGAUUCUGAUAUUGCGGAAAAAGAGAAACCAAAAACGGGUGUUUGGGGAAUUUUUACGAAGAAGAACUAAAAGUUUCUGGAUUCUGAUAUUGAAGGUUUUCAGGGAAGAGAUCAGUCAUUGUGUA